CAUGCUGUGCACUCAGGACAGAUUGGUACACGCUGAGGAUGUGCUGAGCCAGAACUAGGAGAAAAUGGAGCAAAUCCAGUGCGUGCGAUGCUGCUACCAACCAGGAGGGUUUCUUUUUUUGCUUUCAGAACUGUUAUUUUGGAGCACAUCACGAAGCGGAUCCAGGUUUGGAGCAGUCAGGAGUAUGAUUGAUAGAACUGUGUAUAUGGUUAAAAAUAAACACUGUCAUCUUUGGUCCUCAGUGACACAUCGGCUGUAAAUUUGGGUAUUUUGUUUGUUUGUUUGCUUUCAGUGUGGAUCGAAUCACGUGAGUGCCUCAAGUGAUCCCUCACAGAAGAAAUUCCUCACAAAAGAGAAUAAAAUGAGCCCUGCGUAUGGUUAAAUUACUCCAUUCCAACCCCGCCUUCUCAGUCCGUGAGAGGAGGAGAGGAAGGGAAGUGUUGCAAGCCUGUUGCCAUGGGCACGAGGCUGCAGGCGGCUCGUGUGGCUGGAUCCUGCCGCAUCUGCACUGCACGAACAGACCUGAGUUUGGGGGAUGAAGUCCAACCCAAAGCAUAUGGUUCCCCCAGUGAGCAGGGACAGAAUAAUCUCCCAGUUUCCUAAGUGGUACACUCCUGAGGCCUGUCUGCAGAUCAAAGACCACUUCCACGCACAGCUCAGGACUGCCUGUCAGCAGAGCACUGGAACAACUGGGCUGAAAAUAUCCAAAGUGGUUGUGGUUGGUGACGUCUAUGUUGGGAAAACGAGCCUCAUCCACAGGUUCUGUAGGGAUCAUUUUGAACGAGAUUACAAGGCGACCAUUGGGGUGGAUUUUGAAAUUGAACGUUUUGAAAUAGUUGGCAUACCAUAUAAUCUCCAGAUAUGGGACACAGCAGGUCAGGAAAAGUUCAAGUGCAUUGCAUCUGCUUAUUACCGAGGAGCAGAGGUUAUAAUAACAGUGUUUGAUCUAGCUAAUAUCCAGACUUUGGAUCACACCAAACAGUGGCUGGAAGAUGCUUUGAGAGAAAAUGAGCCAAAUUCCAUUUUCAUCUUUCUGGUUGGAACAAAAAAAGAUUUGGUGUCAGAUGCUGUUUGUGAAAGGACAGAGCUGGAUGCUAUCCGCUUUGCCAAUGACAUGCAGGCAGAAUACUGGUCAGUUUCAGCCAAAACAGGGGAAAAUGUCAAAGAGUUCUUUUCCCGAGUUGCUGCCUUGGCCUUUGAACAGUCCAUGAUGAGGGAGCUGGAGAAAACCACGGGGCACAUGGCUCAAAUUGGGACAGGAGACCUCAUCAGGCUGGAACAGAACCUGAUGGAAAUCUCCGAAGGCAAAGCUCAAGAAAGCUCAAGUUGCUGCUGAUUUUCAACUCUUUCUGCAAAUGCCACACUGCUCUGUAGUCCAACAUACAGCACCUGCAACAACAAAAGCUCUAAAAUCAGAAGUAAAAAUUUGCAUUUUUAGAAAUGAGGGAGAAAAAUAUUCAAACUAUCUUUCUGAGGGCUCUCUUGUUGUUGAAGACUUGCUUGUGCUGGAUGGUAUUGUUACAUGAACUUUUCUCUGUGUAGUGGAAAUAUGACAUCCUUGUCUCAGCGCAAGAAGACAUUGCCAGCACCGUGUGCUCAUCUGUCUGCCAGAAAAACUUGUACUCAAAAGUUAUGUAACUUUAUCAUGUUGGGUUUUGAUAAUUCUCUAGAAAUCUUGAUUACUGAAGUUGCAUCCUCAUGGGAACAGAACAAAUGGCAGUUCAGAGAAAAGGGUGCUGAGAGCGGCCUGUCAGAAUCUAAAGGGAGCAAUAUGGAAAAGAAGGGCACAGAGUCUUCAACAGGUCUCAGUGGGUUCAAAUUAAGAGGGGAGAUUUAGAUUGGUUAUAUGGAAAGUUUUCUGCAGCAAGGGCAGUGAGGUACUGCCACAGGUUGCUCAGUGAGGUGGUGCUGCUCUGCUCCUGCAGACAUUCAAGGUUUAAAUGUCAUCUAGCCCAAUUCAAACAGUCCUAUGAUUCUGAGCUAAAAAUAUUCUAGAUUCUCAACCAUUUAUUUCAUCAAAAAUUGUCUUCUAUGAAAAAGUGAGUGGAAGGGUGGCUUGCAGCCUUUUAAUUACUUUUAUUUUUCCGUGGCUUGUGAUGUAAGCUAGAGCAAUUACAAAUAAUGUAAUAGAGAUCUAGGAUUUUUUUUUUUUUUUUUUUUUUUUUUUUUUUUUUCUCUUUUGCAGUUGAUUCUGUUGGCAAGGUCAACAAUGUAGCAUUUGGUAAAGAAGAUGAAUAUGUGGGUAUGUAAGGAGUCUGACUGUGGAAUAUCCUGACCUGCAUCUCUUUCACAGGAUGAUGAAUGCACGCUCCACUUGUACUGUGUCUGAUACUGAGUGGGCACCAGAGCCACAAUCUUUGUGCUAACUGAGCUUGAAUGAGGGUAGAAAAAGACAUUUCACUCUACUGCUGUGUAUAGUGCAUGCAUAUAAAACGCAUUGCAUUUCUGUGAUGCUUUUCAGAAGCAAUUUUACAAGCCAUUAGAGCCACAUGGCCAUUGCUUCAUACUGUGCUGUGAGUGCAUGAGUACUGCUAACCUCAUAUUACUGGUAGAAGCUCUUAAAAAUAGUAUUAAAAUCCUUUGUUUGCACAUGGAAAACUGUCUAUGAACUGAUUUGAAACUCAGAAUUUUGUGUGUUGUUAUCAUCCAUUUAUUCUCAUUUUGUUUCCUUGUUGAAGAUGUUAUUGUAAGAGGAAAUAAUUCAUAUAGUAGUUAUUCUAAAGAUGUGCUUCAAGGCUGUUUGCUACCGUGAUGAACAGGCUCAAGCCUGGAUUUCUGACCAAAUUGUGCUUGCAUCUAUAUAUUUUUUGGACAUAAGCAGUCUUGUUAUGCAGUUUGAGCAAUGCUGAAGUGUGUCAGAGAAGAAAACUCAGACACAAUACCAGUUACUGUCAUUUGAAGGACAGUAACUGACCUGUAGGGUGGACAAGUUCAGUGUGGCUGCAGCAGCAGUCCUUCUGCUGAGUAUUAUCUAUACCCAUGGUGCAUCCUUGUAGUUUCACGUGGCUGUUACUGAGCAGUUACUGGUCUGCCUCUUUCCUAGGAGCACUGAUAACGGUCCUGGAGGUCAAAAGGCAGGUUUUGCAGGAUGUCUUCCUGUCUAUGCUAGGUAGGUGCUAGGUUUCAGUGCAGACACAGGGUUGGUACCUACAGUGUA